UCCGCCUCUACGGGGGACGGGGCCGUUCGGCUGAAGGCACCGCGCCGGGUCGCGGGCGGGCUGAGGGGUCUCCUGUUCUCUGACAGCCAGGCGGCGGUGGCGCCUCCGCGAGGGAGGGGCGGGCCGAGGCUGAGCCCGGUGCCAGUGCCGGGGGCUGCGGUCCCGCCGCUGCAUCUCCCCGGGGCCGCGCAGCCCCGAGGGGUAAGCGACAUUCUGGUGACCUCGGGUAGCACAGGGGCAGCCGCUUCCCGACCCGGGCGUGGGGAGAGACAGCGGCCAGCGGAGGGGGACAGGGCUUGGCGGCGCUUCGCGGGCUGCCCGCCGGGGUACGCGACCCGCGGCUGGCACGGAUGAACUCCUCCGGGCGGCCGGGAGCUGCUGGCUGCGACGGAUCCAUGAAAAACAGGUGAGCCCUCUGCUGAGGGAACGAACACUCUGUGCUCCCAGGUCAGGGAAACAUGUCCCGUCGGAAACAGACCACUCCUAACAAAGUUCACUGGACUAUAAGAAGAGAAACUGAGCUCUGUGCAUCAGGGGAACUGGCUGUGUCCUGGCAUGGCAGGACAGGGAUAGGCUUGAACAAGCAACUAAUGCUGUAAAGGGAAUGGGCAGUGGCUAAGUAAUUUACUGGACAGAUAAAUGUUAUCUGUCAGAUCAUUCCUGAGCUGAGCGGACGGAUCUCUGUUUCUUCAGCAUGGUCAAGACCCUGGCAUUUGUUUGACAGUGAAAGGGCUGAAGAUGCUAUACAUCAGCACUUCUUGUGGACAGGCUAUAGUGAGAUGUUAGUGGAGUUGGAAGACACGUAUGGAUGUUUGGCUGCAAAGGGGAAACUGCAGUUUUGGUCUCAGGGGAAGCUCUCUGACAAACAUGCAACCAGCGGGCAUGAGGUUGAGGUUAUGGUAUCUGGUAUGCCAUAGAGAGGAAUUCUGGGACCUGUUCACCUCCUUUACAUGUGGCACAUUGCUACAGAGCAACUAUUCAACAGGAGCAGCAAGUAGGACCACAAGAAAAUAAAGGGACUGAAAGAUAGAAGAAACAUGUCAAUGUGAUGUCUCCACCUUGGGAUGGAAAAUCUUAUCUUAUGAUGAACACCACCAAAAAUCGUUGGGACUUCUCUGUCUACAUAGCCUGCUGUGUAUCUGGAGGGCCCAGAAAUGCCAUGCAGUGCACUGACGAGGAUAAUCGGAGAGAGCAUCGGCUCCAAGAACUGGGUGAGCCAGCAGAAUGAGGAGUCAGGCUGAGACAUAGCAGACACAUGACUACGACCUCUUCACAGAGACUGAAGUGGUUGGGAGGAGGGGAAUAAAAGGGAGAGCAGUAACCACUACAGCAGUGUGGACAACCCAGAAUAGCGAUGGGGCAGGUGGACUAGAUUCACAGUGGUGGAAAGACUUGCAAAUUUCAGGUCCAGGAAAGGAACACAGAGAAGACCUACAUGAACAGGGACUUUAAACUGAUGUACAAGGAGGGAAUAAAGUGGCUCAUCUCUGAGAGACCUUUCUGUUUAGGAAGGAAGACAGGGGAAUGAUGCAGUUUCUUUUGAUUUUGUUUUGUGGAUUUUGGGGUGGGAGUUGUUUGUUUGUGUGUUUAUUUUCCAGAACACCUGAGAGUUAUCCUGCAUUCAUACAGUUCAAGAAGGGAAGGGCUCAGGAAAAAAAUCCUUUCUGGCUACCAAGUUGAUACACCUCCAGAUCCUAGCAGUCAUAACUGCCCCUGUUGCACAGUACCACAGGGUUGCCCCCUACCUCCACAGCUGCUCACCUGGCAUCCCACUCAUUUACAAGAUUAUGGAGAGGAGAACUGGAAUGCAAAGCAGAGGCAUUUGUAUGAUCUUUCACUGUCCUACGUCUCUAGCUGUUUGUAAAACAAAUACAGUGACUUGUUUUGGUGUUGUGGUCAGCCUGCAGCCCUUUUUGUGUUUAAUAAAGAAACUUCUGGAGAAGAGUCUGUGAAUUCAAUAUUGAGCAUAACAACCUUUACUGGCAGUAGUAAUCCUAAAGCUGUUGCCUGUCAUACUCCCUUUCCAAAUGAAUGUAAGUGUAUUCAGAGAGGGGUGGAGGUGGGGGUGUAAGCAUCUGUAUGUGAGUAUGUGUGUGCAGAAACAAUGAAAGUAUAACCCUCUACCUAUCAAACAUUACAGCCCUAAAGCUUCAUCAAAGUAGGACUUAGUCUAUCAGUAGAUGAACAGGACACUGUUCCCUAAGUUCUUUUGAAGGCAAUAUUAAUUUAACACAUAGGAAAUUCUGUAUAAGCUAAAGAUAGCAUUUUUAAAAGUUUGUCUUUCCCAGCUCCAUGGUGCCUUUUAGAUACAGGCUAGCGGAGAAUGCACAAGAUGUCAUCUGCUAACAGCACCGGUUUGGUUAACAGUUUGCAUUUCUGGCUGUAAGCUGAUAGUUCUCUGCACUGCGCUGAAUGAAUGCUAACUUGGUUCUGGGUGUGUUGUACAGAGAGGCCACUGGCAGACAUGAUCGCUCUCGUAGUUGUUGUGAUUGAUGCUAAUGUUACUGAUAGGAGGAGUUCCCUCCUCGGUCAGCUCAUAUAAAGAUCACAGUUUUUAAAAUCCUGCAGACUGUCUGCAUAGUCUGUGUAUCUGAGCGGGAACCUACCUGCCAUUAGACUCCAGGGUGCUGCUCAGUGGAAACAUCAGCCGUCUGGAAGGGGAAAGGGGGAAGAAAACAAACAUGUAACCGCUUCUACUAGCAGUUGCAGCAGUGUUUGGGAAUCCUGUUUUGUAACUCUGUCACAGGUAGCAUGUCUCCCACCAUAGUUUUAUAUCUGUCCUGUGUUCUACAGGUUUUCUCAUUUCACCAUACUUUGUCUUGCAAUGCUUUUUUGGUCUCUGGGCUUUUAUCCUGGUGGUUCGUGGAUAUCUGCUUCUUGGAGAGGCACUGUAAUUCUGUAGUGUCUGCUGUGCAUAGAGUCUGUAUCUCAGUCCUACCACUGUGAAGUUGUGGUGCAGACAUAAAAGCAGCACUCCAGGUUAUGAAAACCAUUCAGUGCUGGAAUGGCUUCUGAUGCGGGUACAUGUGUCACAGCAAUCACAGCAGUACCCGCUGCUUUCAGUGACAAAUAGAUUUAGAGUGCUUCUCAGUACCUCUCUUCAGCCCACGUGGAUUGUGUUCUCAAGUCUUCUCUACAGAAAUCUCUCACAUUUCUGAGACAGAAUGAUAAAUGCCUUCAAAUGCUUUUGGAAACCUCCGUGGGGAUGUUGGGAACUAAAACUCUUCUCCCACUCUCAGUGAAACUUCUGAGAGUCUUUGAAAUCUUCCAUAUAUUACUGCUUUUUAAAGCACUGCCAGAAAUUGAGAGGUAAGCACCAGAAAGGCAGUAUGAGCGUGAAUAUGGGGCAAAGCUGGCUGACGCGGUUUAGCAUGUGGGAAUCUACCUGUCCUUGUAACAGGACUGUUGUGCUCUCAAUGGGUCAAGAAUUCAAUUCCCUGGUUAUACUGAUGCCAGUUGUAGCCCUAUACUAAAAGGUAUAAUUUUGUUCUGAAAGCUUUUGUUUUAUGUGAAAAAUGCACUGCGUCUUCCUUAGCAUUUUCGCGUUUAUGCUUUGGGUAGCUCUUGAGAACUUACAAAUCAGUUGAUAAAUUUAACCCAAAAGCUAGCCCACUGGGAACUUGAGCACCUUGUCCCAAGCGCUCCCAGCUCAUCCACUGAGAGACAAAUCACAACAACACUGGGAACAAAGUCAUUUGUUGAUUUAAUGUCCAAAGUAAUGGUUGCCGUUUAUUGUUAUUCUUUGGAACCAAAAGUUUUCCUUAGCAGGGAUUGCUGUAAGAAGUUUUCUUUCAGAGAAGCACAAAUAAUUGCCUUCUUUCAAUGUGUUUGCCAUCUCCUAUUGAGUCAAGGUACUAGUGUUCAAUGCCUUUCAACAAAACAGACUGAAAGCUAUCCUAAACAAGCAUCUCAGCUUUGUGUUCGUUCCCUUAGUUUUCUGUUUCGAGCAUAUGAAGUGUCUCAGAUUUAUUUUAGCCAGAGCCUCUCCUGGGCAAGACACGGUAGUGAAGCAAGUUAUCCAUCACAUAAACCCCUCUACUCCACUCUCAUGAGACCCACCUGCAGUACUGCAUACAGCUCUGGGGCCCCCAACAUAAGAAGGGCAUGGACCUGUUAAAGCAGGUCCAGAGGAGGGCCACAAAGAUGAUCAGAGGGCUGGAGCACCUCUCCUGUGAAGAAAGGCUUAGAGAGUUGGGAUUGUUCAGCCUGGAGAAGAGAAGGCUCUGGAAAGGCCUUAUAACAGCCUUCCAGUACCUGAAGGGGGCCUAAAAGAAAGAUGGAGCGGGACUUUUUACAAGGGCACGUAGUGAUAGGACAAGGGGUAGUGGCUUCAAACUGAAAGAGGGUAAGUUUAGAUUAGAUGUAAGGAAGAAGUUCUUCAUUAGGAGGGUGGUGAGGCACUGGAAAUGGUUGCCCAGAGAAGUUGUGGAUGUCCCAUCCCAAGAAACAUUUAAGGCCAGGCUGAAUGGGGCUUUGAGCAACCUGGUCUAGUGGAAGGUCCCUGCCCAUGGCAGGGGGGUUGGAACCUCUGGAAGAUGAUCUUUAUCAUCAAAGAUGAUCUUUAAGGUCCCUUCCAAUCCAAACCAUUCUAUGAAAGCCAUGGAAUGGCACCAGUCUGACUCUUUGUCCUUGUGGCUGCUAGGGGAACAAGUCUUUGCAGGGCUGGAGGAGCAAGCCCGCCAAGCCAUGAUGAAAAACAACUUUCCUGGAGCUCUUGGGGACCAAAGGCCAGCCAUUCAUCCGCUGCAAGACCCUGACUCCAGCAGCAGUGGCAGUGAUGACGAGGAAACCACCCAGGAUGAAGUUUCUUCCCAUACGUCUGAGGAGGAUGGCUCAAUGGUGAAAGUGAAGAAAGAAUUAGAGAAUGCAGAACAACCUGUGGCUGGAACCCCACUGAUCAGAGAAAAUGAGGUGCCUGAGAGUUUGAAUGCUGACCCUAUGCUGGGACUGUCACAGUGCCCCCUCUGCCAGCUGGAGUGUGGAAGCAGAGAGCAGCUCGUUGCUCAUGUAUACCAGCACACUGCAGCUGUGGUGAGCGCCAAGAGCUACAUGUGUCCUGUAUGUGGCAGAGCCCUCAGCUCACCAGGAUCCCUUGGGCGACAUCUCCUGAUCCACUCAGAGGACCAGCUGUCAAACUGUGCAGUGUGUGGAGCACGCUUCACCAGCCACGCCACAUUCAACAGUGAGAAGCUGCCAGAGGUGCUCAGUGCAGAUCGCCUGCCGGCACCACAGAGCGAGGGCCCCUCCAGUGUUGAGGGGAAAGACAUUGCCUUUCACACCCCUGUGUAUCCUGCAGGCAUCCUCCUAGUGUGCAACAACUGUGCUGCUUAUCGUAAGCUGCUGGAGGCACAGACACCUGGCAUGCGAAAGUGGGCACUUCGUCGGCAGAAUGAGCCCUUGGAAGUGCGGCUGCAGCGUCUGGAGCGGGAGCGCACGGCCAAGAAGAGCCGGCGGGACAAUGAGACACCUGAAGAACGGGAAGUAAGGCGUAUGCGGGACCGAGAAGCUAAGCGCCUGCAGCGCAUGCAAGAGACAGAUGAACAGCGGGCACGGCGGCUGCAGAGAGACCGGGAAGCCAUGCGACUGAAACGCGCGAAUGAGACCCCAGAGAAACGACAGGCCCGGCUCAUCCGGGAGCGCGAGGCCAAGAGGCUUAAGCGGCGCCUGGAGAAAAUGGACAUGAUGCUCCGGGCACAGUUUGGUCAGGACCCCUCUGCCAUGGCCGCUUUGGCAGCUGAAAUGAACUUUUUCCAGCUGCCAGUGAGCAACGUGGAGCUGGAGAGUCAGCUGCUGGGCAAAAUGACCUUUGAGGAGCAGAGCAACAGUGCACUGCAUUAAGCAACAGCCAAGGACUGUGCCACCUCUGCUGCAGCUGCCACAGGUGCACUAGCAGGCUUCUGCACUCAGGAGGCUCCUGUGGGUCCCCUGGCUGAUUCCCCCGACAGGUGGUUCUGGUUUUCUCCUGAACACAGGAGGAGAAGAGAGCUGAGGGAAGCCUGUCAAAGUAGCCCUGGUGGGAGCAGAUUCUGAGGAUGCAGUCUGCUCUGGGGGCCAAGUCACAGCCUGUGAACAGAGGGAAAAUAAAUUAAUGUUCACAUUUA